AAAACCUUUUCUAUUUAGAGAUCGAUGGCUCUCUCUGACUAGGGAAAAAACCCUACUCCACCAACUUUUCCACCGUCAUUCGCACUUUUUAACAAAAGUUUUCCUUCUCGAAACGGUUUUACUCCCGGUAAUCGAAAAAUUAGUCGGCACGAUCUCAACUCGAGUCUGCCUCGAACGGCCUCGGAACCGAAAGUGUGCACAUGUAGAAUUGAGAUAUGAAAUUCACUGAAAUUUCGCAUCUAUAAAAGUACUCACUCCAUGGUGUGGCUCUGUUGUAGUCACAUGCUUUUGUUUUUGCCCCUACCAGCCAGUAUCGGAGUAUCACAGUGUCGUCAGUAACAAAAAAGUAAUAAUUGUUACAUGCACUUUCACUUGAAGAUAUUUCAAAAUUUAAUAGCAACAAUUAGUUUUAGAAUAUAUGCUUUACAAGAGUACAAUGCAUUCAAAUAAAUCAAAAUUAUCCAAAAGUAUCUUGGAGAUGAAGUUUAUGAAACGGACUAAAGAGAAAGUAGAAAAGGAACAAUUUCAAGAAGAAGGCGAAGAAUAUUUCGGAAAUGAAUUGACAGAACGUAUGAAGAAAGUACUAGACAGAUUCAUCACUGAACCUAGUUAUGUCUUCUGUGAGAAAUUAAUUGAAGGUAGACUAAGUUUCCAAGGUAUGAAUCCUGAAAUAGAAAAACUAAUGGAAGCAGAACAGAACAAUAAAUGCACGUCAUUGGAUGUAAAAACAGAAACAGAUGUUUCAGAUGAACAAAUGACAGAACGCUAUAAAGGAUUCAACAAAAAUGUAAAACGUGAAUAUAAAUAUGAGAAACUUUUAGAAAAAAAUAAUGAUGAAUAUAAACCAAUACCAAAGAAACAAAAGUUUUUGAAACCUCAAGAUUAGUAUUAAAUGAAAAUUGUUUAUAUAUUUAUCCAAAAUGUACUACAAAUAGGCUAACUUAAUAUUUUUACAAUUUUAGAUAAUA